CUCACUACAUACACUCCUUUCCUUACAUUUCCGCGUUUCCCAUUCGAGAUGAAACUGACACCAGCCGUCGUCGGCACUUUUGCUCUCGCUGUAUCUGGUGCCGUGCUGAACGGACACAGCAGCAACGAGCUAUCUUCACGACAGAGCGGCAACACUUCAUCGAUCAACGACAGCGAGUACGAGUAUGUGAUUGUAGGGUCAGGUGCCGGUGGCGGGCCUUUAGCUGCACGCUUAGCAUUGGCUGGCCACAGCGUGUUACUGAUCGAGGCCGGCGAUAACCAAACGACGACUCGAGAGUAUGAAGUCCCGGCUCUCCAUGCUGUUGCGAGCGAGUUCGAGAAGACCCGAUGGGACUACUGGAUCCGGCACUACGAUUCCGACGAGCAAUCAAAGCGAGACUCCAAGCUCACAUACACAUUGCCAGACGGAUCUGACUACACGGGUUUGAACCCACCACAAGACGCGAAGAUCAAAGGCGUACUUUAUCCUCGUGCCGGCACGCUCGGUGGCUGUACCGCUCAUAAUGCGCUAAUAACCAUCUAUCCGAACGAAGUAGACUGGGAACAUCUUGUCGAGGCUACCGGAGACAGCAGCUGGGCACCAGACAACAUGCGAGGGUACUUCACAAAGCUUGAGCACAACAAGUACUUACCUACUAGCAUCGUUGGUCAUGGGUACUCCGGAUGGCUCCCGACCUCGCUCACUUCAUUGACCCUCAUUCUGCAAGAUGUCAAAAUCAUAUCUCUGGUCGUGGCGGCAGCAACGGCGACAGGUCAGACUCUGCUUUCAUCCGUGCUUACCACCGUGACUGAAGUUGCUCACGUGCUCCUGACCGAUAUCAAUGCACCCGGAAAAGAGCGUGAUGGAAGUGAAGGGGUCUACCAGGUUCCACUUGCUAUGCAGGUGCCUGAGUACAAACGCGCUGGCCCAGUCGACCUUCUGAAUCAAGUUAUUUCCGCUACAAACCCGGACGGCAGUCGAAAGUACAAACUCGACAUCGCACUGAACACGCUUGUCACAAAGAUCAAUCUGGAUGAGAGUGGAACUACGCCAAAAGCAACAGGUGUCGAUUUUCUCGCUGGACAAUAUCUCUACAAGGCUGAUCCGCGCCGUCAGUCUGGCACCGCCACCGACUCUGGCACUCCAGGCACCGUCAAGGCAACUCGCGAAGUGAUCGUCUCCGCAGGCGCUUUCAACACACCGCAGCUUCUGAAACUCUCUGGCAUCGGCCCACGUGCUGAACUCGAGAGCUAUGGUAUCGACGUCAAGGUUAAUCUUCCAGGAGUGGGCAAGAACCUCCAGGACCGAUACGAGGUUGCCGUAGCAGGUCGCGCACCAACACCUAUCAACCUGAUCAAAGACUGCACGUUCCUUGAGAGCUCACCAGACCCUUGUCUUGUGAACUGGGAGAGUCGCGCAAUUGAAAAAGGAGUCUACAGCACGAAUGGCGUUGCCCUUGCUGUCUUGAAGAAGAGUAGUGUGGCAGAGAACGACACCAGCGACCUCUUCAUCGCAGGCUGGCCCGCUCGCUUCGUUGGCUACUACCCGAACUACUUCCAAGAAGCAGUCGAAGGCCGUAACGCCUGGUCGUGGGUUCCGCUCAAGGCGCACACUCGUAACUCCAACGUCGGAACCGUCCUUCUGAACUCCGCCGAUCCUACUGACAUGCCCUCAAUCAACUUCCGCUACUUCGAGAACGGUGCAGAUGAGGACCUGCAGGCUCUCGUGGAAGGACAAAAGUACGGACGCAAGGUCUUCGAAGAUCUCAUUCCUUUGGACGGAAAAUUCACCGAGGACUGGCCGGGUGAGAAGGUCCAGACCGACGAGGAAUGGAAGCAGUUUAUCAAGGACGAAGCUUGGGGUCACCAUGCUUGCUGUACAGCGAAGAUUGGCAGUGACAACGACUCAGAUGCUGUGCUGGACUCGAACUUCAAGGUCAGAGGUGUAGACGGCUUGAGGGUUGUUGAUGCCAGUGUGUUUCCGAAGAUUCCUGGAUAUUUCAUUGCGGCCCCGAUCUACAUGAUCAGCGAGAAGGCGGCAGAGGUCAUCAUUGCUGACGCGAGAUAAGCGCGACGCAUCAUUUGGUUUUACGUCCCAAGAGCGAGCAUCGAGACAGAAGAAAGUUGCAAACAGAGAGAAAACGCAGGAC